GGAGUAUGUUGUUGUUCCUGUAAACGAGGUCGGUGACCCGAGCAGGAAUCAGAUGCGCUUUACUAGAGGCGGAGAGAGACCGUCCACCCUCAUCAUCCUCUGCUGCCGUCGAGUCAAGCGAAGCAAAAAAUGCUCCCAGCGGGCGCAGGGUGAACUCAGCCCGGUAAGACCUACGCCCAUGCUCCGGUCCUCGCGAGUGGAGCGAUCGCUCACCUGUGGACAUGUAUCAAGGUGUAGCGAUGUCCGCAAACCACGCACCCGCGUCUUACGAGCCCGGUUUCCUCCAUAACGCCGCGGCUUCGCCGGUGUACGUGACGCCCACCCGGGUCACCCCGAUGAUCCCGGCGCUGCCGUACCUCCAGACGCCGCAGCAGAGCACCCCGGUGUCCGCGCACUCGGGAUGGGCGCAGGCGGGCGCGGACACGGUCGCCUCUUACAGCACCUCCGGCGGUCAGCAUCACUCUCCGGUCUCCAGGUUCACGUUCUCCACGAGCACUCCGUUAAGCUCCGGGAUCGCGGCGGCGCGGGAGACGGCAAGUUACUCCAGCCCGCUGAACAUCUCCGCCGGCGGGAGGGAGCACUACGGUUCCCGCGGUCUGAGCGGAUCCUAUCACGGCGGAUACCCGGCUUACAUGAACCCCAACAUCGGAGGCUCUUGGGCGGCGACGCACUUUGACAGCUCCGUCCUGCACAGCCUCCAGAGCGGCGGAGCGCCCGGUGCAACGCGACACCACAAUUUUGAGCUGCUGGAUGAUUUCGCUGAGGGUCGUGAGUGUGUGAACUGCGGGGCGAUAGCCACUCCUCUGUGGCGGCGGGACGGGACGGGUCAUUACCUGUGUAAUGCCUGCGGCCUCUAUAACAAGAUGAACGGGAUCAACCGGCCGCUCAUCAAACCACAGAGACGACUGUCUGCGUCCAGACGGGUUGGUUUGUCCUGCACUAACUGUCAGACAACCACAACUACUCUCUGGAGACGUAAUGCAGAAGGAGAGCCGGUCUGCAACGCCUGCGGACUCUACAUGAAGCUCCACGGGGUGAGACAGACUUAAGAACAUACGUGAAUAUACUCGGUUUGCUCUGUUAUUAGUUUACUUCACCCUACAGCAAUGCAAAUGUACAGAUUUUGUGC